CCAAGUGCUUAAGGUAUGGUAAACGUUAACUGGCGCGUCAGUUCAAGUUGAGCGUUCGAGCUGUACGGUUUGGUCUUUUUGCUCAUUGUUGCCAGUCAUUUUUUGGCCGCGUUAAUAGCCCCCACUGCACAUCAAAAAACUAAAAGAGAUAAAAAGAAGAAACGAAGAAGACCAAGAGCCAGAGUUCUGCCUUUUGUACGGGUCCCUUGUGUCGUUACGUGUUUUUCCAAAUCCAAUGUGUUGUGAAGAAAGCAAAUAAAAUUGAAACAAAAUAUCGUUAACAACUGCAGCUACCACAAGUACAGCAAAGCCAAUAAACAAACCCAACCAUCAUCGACCGAUCAGGCCCAGCAACAGACACAAACACACAAACAGUUUAAAAAUGGAAUACCGGUGCUUAAGUAGAAGUUCUGUCAAACAGCUAACGGCACUCUGCGUCAUCAGCAUUGCACUCACCUGCGCCAAUGCAGCACUCUGGCCCAGUUAUAGCAGCAGCAGCAGCAGCGCGGAUGAUGCGCCCAGCAAAUGUAGCGGUGCACGUGGACUGAAAUAUUUAUCGGGAGAUGCGUUGACAGACUCACUUGAUUGCCUGGGUCCAAAUAAUGCGCCAUAUCCAAGUGCCGCCGUUGCGCGCACAUUCUCCAAUUGGAACGGAAAUUCGCGACGUGGACGUCAAAGCAAAUUGCCCAGCACAUUGGAUCCCGCAAUAACCACAAGUGCGCUACUGCGUGCCUAUGAUGAAGUGAACAAUGAGGCUAUCGGAAGCAAUCGUUAUGGUCGCUCGCUUAAGAACGCUUCGCCGGCACAACAAUGCAAAAGCGAUACACCAGCGAGAUUAUGUAAAACACGCUACAAUACUACGGCGCCCAUGUACGGCGUAAGCUUGACAUCCGGUCAACCCGUGACCAUAGUGCAAAAAUUUCCCGAUUUACUGCAACAGGUGGUCUUCGAGGUGUGCGAAUCAUCGGAGUGCGAUGUUGUGCGAGGUGAGUGCACGCAAACGUAUGUGCCUUACUUGUUCCUUGUAAUUCCCUUGGGUCCAGUAACGCUUACUGGCCAGGAUUAUGUGCUUGUGGAAAGCGGUUGUGUCUGCAAGCCCAAGUAUUCUACGGGCGCUGCUCAGGAGCCCAAUAUGAUACCCUAGAUCAGUUUGAUAUAAAAAAAACACACACAAUUAUUUAUAAAAAACAAGCAAAAAAAACAACAACA